AACAAAAAGCAAUGAUGGAACCCCUCUAUUUGCUGCUGAACUAGUUAAUAGGCUGAAGCAAACUCCGGAGACGAAAGUGAUAUUCAAGGUACCCCUCGAUGGUUAAGGUUUUUCUUGAUAAUGAAUCGUGAUACGACGGUGUCUAUUCCUUAGCCUAAUUGAUCAACCACAGCCACCGAAGUCACCAUUUUCGAAAUUUUGUUUAAAGUAAGUAAGCUCAUAUGUUACACAUGCAUAUGCACAAAUCAGUUCUGUUGCAGCCGUUACCGUAAAGAUCGUCUCGGUGUUGACAUAAUGUUCGCGCGACAAAUUGCAAGAACGUGUACCUCAGUUGAGAUGUUGUAGGUGCCGCCAGUUAAAGCGACUUGACGUUAACUGAUCCCAUCGCUAAAAGGAACGGACAACAAACUUUACCGCAACGAACGAAGGGCGAUAGUGUGUAGAUCUUUUCUUCCCUUUUUAAUGGUACGCAAAUUCUCUCAUGCAUGCGUAACAGGAGUAGGUCGUCGCUUAAUUUGAUCCAAUUAUGUACAGUGUCUAAUUAACAAACACCACUAGUUAAACGCAAAUUUGCUUUUUCUAGUGUCUCUCCCAUCGGUGUGAACAGAGACCAUGGUGCAAAAUCCCUUCGACAUGCGGCUAGAAGAGGAAGCAAGGUUAAAGGAACAGAUCUUCCCGGAUUGAUGUCGUAAAUAAUUGCCAGUCACCAACCUGUCGUUAGAUCACGCGAAUCAGACCACUCGUCAGACUCAUCAUCCAAUGGCAGUUUGUAGCGUUGGUGUUUAAUAGUUACCGUGAAAAUGUUUUAUCCAUUUAACCAUUUUUGCAAGUGUGUCUUCAUUACGUUGGCUCUGUCAUGGCACCAUGCAGCAUCAGCACUCGAUGGCCAUAAACCGGUAGACAUCGGCAACACAACUAUACCGCUGGAACGUGUCAAACGAUUGAUAAGCUUCCCGAUCAACGGUGGUGUGGCGAAGAUAGUGCUAGGAUUUCUGGCACCGGUUCGUUUCCAUCAUCCGCUUCCGCGUAGCCUUAACUGUGGCAUUAAUGUGCAGGCGAACUAUGCCAUCCGUCCGGACAUUAUCUUCCCCCGACCCGAGUCUAUCUUCCGCAAUCGCAACCUGAACCAUUACGCUGAUCCCGAGAGUCGGCAACGAUUGUACGGCUUGGUUGAGAAGAUCCUCAAGACGAUGCUUGGUUCGAAAGGAAGGGCACGCGACUGUUUGCUACGCACGGUGUGUGAAGUGGCCGAUACACCACUGCAUCAUAAUGGACUAGUUGGGGAGUUGUUGGAUGUGAUAUUUACACCUCAAGAAUCAGAUGCACUGCCGUUGGAGUUCCUCAUGGCACGCAGGUACGGCGCGAAUGGAGUCAAUUGUUUGAAGCUGUACCCUGCCUGUCCAUGGGGUAUGGGAUUGCUUGAUUACGUUUCGACGAUUGGAUUGGAGGAUUUAAUGUUGUGAUCGUGUUUCGUUAAGAUCGACUUUAUAAACAGGCAGUGAGGCACA